AUGCAACUUGGUAAAUCAAAACUAAGAACUAUCAUGUCUUUCUUUUCGCCAUCUUCACCAAAAAAAAGGUUAAAUGAUCAAGAGUUACACCAUUCAUCCACACUUAGAGAAAUAUCAAGACAACUUGUUUUGUCUGAAGUAACAGAUUUGCUUUCAAUAGUUGACUCAAAUACCAAUCUACAUUCUGGUGCAACUGCUAUAUACGAUAAAUCUAUUUCAACAUCAUUAACAUCAUAUACAUCAUCAUUAUCAGCACAAACAUUAUUCAUAAUACGAAUUGAUACUAGUCGUCCGUUAGUUGAUCCACUGCCAUCAAUACUCUCAACAUGUUUAAUAUCACCAAUAGUAGUUCCUAUUGAUGUAAAUUGUUCAUCAGUCAAUCCAUCUUCUCAGCCUACUUCACUAUCAAUAUCUUUAAUAACAUCUUCAAGACCUGCUGACAUUAGUCGUUCGUUAUUUGAUCCACCAGUACAAUCUAUCUUACCAUCAUACAAAAUCAAUAAAGAAAGCCGAUCUUUUCAAAAACAAUGGUCAAGCAACAAAGGAAAUCUUUUAGAGAUUCUUCAAUGGUCAUCUGAAACUGAUUCAGUGGUUUUUUAUUUGAUUUGGUUGAAAAAUAAAGUUUAUGCAUUGCUAGCUGAUGAAAGUAGAGAUAUUUCAGGUUAUCAGCAAAUGUCUAUAGUACUUCGAGUUAUUGAUGAUACAAAAAUUAAAGAGUCAAAUAAUUUUAUAGAAAAAUACUUUAUCGAUUUAAUUGCACUACAUUCAUUUGAUGCUAAACCAUUGGCUGAUGCUAUUGUUAAUAUAUUAAGAAAAUUUAAUAUUGAUUUAUGCUUGUGCAUUGUGAUGUGUUUUGAUGGAGCAUCUGUAAUGGAAGGAAAAAAUGUCGGUGUACAGGCUAUUUUACGGCAGAAUUUCAUGCCGAAUGCAAAUUAUGCGCACUGUUAUGUUCAUCGAUUGAAUUUGGUUAUUGCAAAUGCAUGUAUAUCAUCAUUAUGUCCAAAGCGUGAUAAAUUUUUACAUUUCGAUGCUUUAAAACCAUUUGCUAAUCAUUUAAAUUUUGAUCUUAAUACUUUAUCAAAUGAAUUAAUGGUGAUAAAACCAAUGCUAUAA